AGUAGAUUGACACUUUUGUCAGCCAAUAGAAUCUCUUCAAUCCCUAUUUCUUUAUUUGCUGUAUUAUAAUGAUGAAUGCACGUGGAGGGGCUUAUGUCCAAGCUGAAUAAAGACGUUGCUGUUUAAAUGACGUAUGAGGCAGAGCAGUAGUGAGUGCCUUAAGGAUAAGUCAUAAGUAAAAGUUUGAGUUGAACUGGCACAUACUAAAACGUCUGGAAAAUACAAUAUCUAUUAGAAAUGGACGAGGACACAAUGGACAAUGAUUUCAUGGAUGAUUUAACUGAUGUGUCAUCUGUUGAAAGUUUGGGGUUUAAAACUCAAAAGGAAAUAUUCUGUAAUAAGCUUUUACCUUACGCUGAUGAGAUCGAUGAUGAGUCUCAACUUUGGUUGGCAGAGAUCAAAGCCAACCUUGGUCGCGCAGUACUACUACGUGAGAUUCGUCCAGCAUGCAGUGUGUGGACCGUCAGAUUAUGCAAGUACAUAAAGCUAUAUGGGAUGAAAUUUUCAAAGGAAGACCAUAUCAUAUUUGUGAAACUGAUGUACGAAAUGAUUACUAUUCCAAAUUUGGAGCCACACUUAGUUCAUGAGUUUGGAGCCACACUGAUAAUACUGCUGAAAAAAAAGGAAUUAAUAUCUCCGGAGGAGCUAGAACUGCCAUGGGAACCGCUUUACCAACUGACCUAUCGCAUAGUGGCCACUGGAGAAAUGGCGCUUGGAAUGUACAGAUAUUUCUCAAAUCUUGAAUCAACACUCGAUGCAUUAGUUCAUGCAGCUAAAGUGUACUUUCCCAUAACGGCGACACAGGAAAUUUUGGAUGAACUUAGACCAGGUCUCUGUCCUUUGGAUCAUGCAACAAUGUCCUCCACCCUGGAAACCUUGGAAUGGUUUUUACCACUCACAUUAUCCCCGGAGCAUCAUUCCCUAGGUCAUCAGUUGUGGUUCGAUGAAUUUAUGAGUCUCUGGGAAGUUUGUCAUAAUGCUCCUAAAUGGGAAGAUGAAAUGAUGUGGCUCAUGUCACGGCUAGCAUCUCACAACAUUGGAUAUAUCAAUUGGGAGCCACACAUUCCCCUCAUGUUUACCAGAUUUUUAAGAUGUUUAAGUCUACCAGUCACCUACAAACAUAUGCAGAGCAGUAAACAUCACAAGAUUGAUACAUCAUCGAUUGCUUUAUGGAUUGUCUCAGUUCUGGGUAACGGAUCAAGCGCACAGGAGUACCUGAAUAAAUUUUUGAAAACUGUCGAAAGCUACUUUCAUCCGGCUAAUUAUGGUCAAUGGCUGUCUAAACUACGGAAGUUGCUCAAUAAGCUUCCUUUUUAUUUUAUUUUACGUCUUCACAAAGAACGCUACGGCAAACAGACGUGGGAACAGCCUGUGCCUACAGCAUUCAAAUUAACUGAUGAUGAUGUUGAUAAUUUUGUAAAGAGUAUAAAGCCAGUUGCAAUGGCAGCUAUGUUUGGAAGAAUGGGCGGAAUGGACGCUGGACAGGCUUUGCAACAUUUAGCCACUAUGAGGCCUAAUUUAAUAAUUCCAGAUGUUUUAGAGCGACUAUAUUCUGUAUUAGAUUCCGUAACAGAACCCCACAAGUUGACAGCAUCCAUGAAUUGUAUUGUAGCAGUCGCUAGGCCUAUGGUCCAAGGCUCCAGGAAUUAUAAUACAGGUUACGAGUACGUGGAAGGGCCAACUCAUGUAUUACCUCUUCUCUUCUCGGCUCUACCUGGAAUAGAUCCCAAUGAUGCAAGAAAAUGUUUUGUAACUUUCCGAUUGAUAUCUGUAUUUGCCGGAUUGGUUCCACUAGUAGAUUCAUCCAGAACUCAGAUCCCAAUUGAAGAAGAUGAGAGAUUAAUCUGUGAAGCAACAUCCCGUUUUGAAGAUUUUGUUUUACAAUUCAUAGACAAAGUUUUUAACCUUAUAGACUCAAGUUCUCUAGAGUUCGUGAGAUUAGAAAACAGUGGAGGUGAUGGAAAAAGCAAGUUGGAAUCAUUGUUUGAAAAUGCAUUAGCUGCAGUCUGCACUUCUUUACUUGGUGAAACGAGUGAUGCUAUUUUUGAAUGCGCAUUACACAAGCUGCGAACAUUAGCGACUGAGCGUAUCCUGGAAACACAAGUUGCCGGGCGGUUAGCAGCUGUGCUUUGUCGAUCGUUUUCUAGAAUCAAUGGACAGCAAACCUUGCGAGUACUGCUUCCACCUUUGGCUCGUAACAUAAUGGAAGCAAUAGGAGAAGGCGACGAUGUGGCUAAGGAAGAAAAUUUAGAUAAUCAGCUUUUGUACAGCAUGUUACUAUUGGCCGAAACUGUUGAUACAAAAGGAAAUCAUCUCUUACCAUACAUUGACACUUUAAUGGAAAUUCUCGACAAGAUAUUGUAUCUUAAAUCGAAAGAAGGAAAUCAAAUUGCAAGUCGUUUAUUGAAGAUACUUCUUCUAUCUCUAUCAACAGUAACACCUCUAGAGUUUAGAUCAUCGGUUGGAGAUUUCAAUGAUCCUACAUAUUUGCCGAUCAGAGAUUGGGGUCAAGCUGUAGAUAACAAAGAUCUAAAUGUGAAGUGGUAUGUGCCUGGAGUGAAAGAAAUUGCAGUCAUGAAGAGAAUCUUUACACAAUAUUUUCCACCAGUUGUAGAGAAGAUAGAACAGUUUAUUGCAGAUAGAAAUUCAUUCUCAAGGGACGAAUUGUUGACAAAUCUUAACAUAAUGAACGCCAUUCUUGUGGGCUGUGAAACCUUUUUGCCAAUUUGGUCGGAACCUCACAUUGAGCCGCUGGGGUCAUCUUUAGGGUCGACAUCAUUUACACCAACGAUAGGAGUUACAGGAGAAAUACUAAUGCCCGAUGGAAGUAAUGUCAGACAAUAUCUUGCACGGAUGAUGUCUCAUUUACAAGCUCACAUCUUGAGCGAGGCUGAAGAUGAUAUAAAAAGUCUAUCUGUCGUCAUUGAGAUCUGGGGGAGUCUGCUAUUGGGAAGAUUACGUGUGGGUGAGGAUCAUGAGGUUAGACGUAAAAACUUCAUGCUUUGCAAACAAGUUACAGAGGAUAAGUUGAAGGGGAAACAAAGGCAUAUGCGGACUCUUAUGGUACAACGUGCAGCAAUGCAACACGAAAUACGCCUAUUAGAACGUGUGGUUUGUCUUACAGAGACACACAAGUUAAUGCUAUUAGAACUACUUAAACUUUCAACCAGUAGAUACAGUGAAGUACGAUCUAAAGCACAAACUAGGCUGUUUUCUGCUAUGCAGUGCUUUUCUUAUUCUUAUGCUUUGUUGGUUCCUCAAUUGGUUGAAAUCUUGUCUAAAGAUAGCGAAGAACAUCACGACGCAUUUAAAGGUGCUUUGUAUGUCUUACUAGGUCUGAAGCAAGCUCCAAUGGUUACAAAGCGUGAUUGGAUGUUACUGAACACACUCUGGCCAGCAUUAGUUUUAUCCAAGCCAUCUGAGAAACUUUCAGUAAUACGUUUAAAAGAAAGGUUGGUUGAUACCGUUCACAAGCUUUUUCCAACCAUUUCUAUUGAAAUUGAAGUACCAUCGAGAUGCAUAGAAGCAGCCAUGCAUUUGUGGGAUAAUUGUCCAAAACCUAGUUUUGCACAACCUACCCAAUCUGAAAUAGAAAAGGGUAUAGAAACUUUGAAAAGUGUCGGAGCAAAAAAUUUAGAGUACUACAAUGAUUUAUUAAACAAGUUGUUGGAAGCUAUAGUGGAGCGAAAUCUUCAUUGGAGACAGCGAUUGAUGGCCAUGAGUUUCAUAAGGGAUUUGGUUCACCCAGAUCAUAUAUACCCACCAAAAAUAGUGCGCUACUUCUUAAGUUCCCUGAUACACGAAUCAUUAGAGGAAAGAAAAAUUGCCAUCAGAACCACAGUGUUCAUUCUCAAGCAACAAAAAAGAAAACAUCUUAAGGUGACUAUAAAUCCAUCAAGGUUUGAGCAAAGCACAGCUGGCUUGAGUCAAGAAGUCAUUAAAAAAUUGAGUCCUGGAAAGAGACUGGAUAAUGCAUGGCUACAAUAUAAUUAUGAAACACGGCCUUUAACCUCAGAACAGUGGGAAGAGCCGAGAUAUAUUCACCAGCGAUGGAUAGGGUAUUAUUGUUGGCCAAAAGAGCUGGAGGUCUAUGCUCCAACAUCAGAACAACCAUCUCUUGACCCAAAUAUCAGAGUUUUAUCUGAUCAAGAGAAGGAAGUAGAUAUUUUCUUCAGCGACCCAUGCAACAUUUCAAAACUUGUAGGAUAUUUAAGUCUGGAGGAAAUGAAGGGGAAAGACAAGUUUAACAGUUUUCAUUUUGUCCUAUUCAAAGGCCUAUUCAGAAAUCACGGAGAUACACACCUGCAACAUUUCAUACCACACCUCAAAAAACUAGUUGCUGAUAAACAUGAAAGUAGUCAGAGGUGCGCUGCAGAAAUAGUUGCCGGUUUAAUCCGAGGUGCAAAGCACUGGACAUUUCCAAUGACAUCUGCGAUGUGGGGAGUUCUCUUACCCAUCAUUAGAACAGCACUCAGUAAUCUGACUGUUGAAACUGUUGGGGAUUGGGGAAUCUGCUUUGCCACUGCACAGGAAAGUCGAGAUCCUAAUAGACAACACUGGCUCUUAGAGUGUCUCAUGGAAGAACCGCCACUUAGUGAAUCUGAGGCAUCGUUUGUGGAGUGUGGAAGAUUGUAUGCCUUGCAAGGCGCGCUUGGCCAGCAGUCUUGGAGAGUUUCAGAGCUGCUGAAUCGAUUGUUACGCCGUUUAGAGGAUCGACUUUUAGCCAAUCCUUUUCAAAAUGUUCGAGAACGUCUUGGAUCUGUAUUAGCCACAAUUUUUGAUUCAGAUCUGAAAUUCUCUGCACCAAGUUCUGAUACAAGGUCGUGCAUUCCAGUAACAGACUUUAUGAACAAAGUAACGCCAAAGCUGCAAAGGUUGAAUCAAGAGUCCCCCCGUGUAUGCGGGGGUAAAACAGAGUCUUCUGAAUUAUCCGUUCUAGUGAAUGAUGUGAAUCUCAAUGGAUCAUCUAAAGAUUCAAAUACUGAGGAACGAGAAGGAGCUGUGAGAUUAUUGAAGACAUUAUGUAAAUGGUUGAUUGGUAGUAUCGUUCGAUCUCAAUAUGGAGCGCUCCCUGCAUACUAUCAGCUCUUCCCACUUAUUUGCCUACUAGAAAAUAGUGAGGCAGAUGAGGAAUUGAGCAGAAUGUGUACUGGGACACUGGCUGUUUUAGCUCAAGCGUUUACAUUGCCACAACACAUUCCUACAGCUCUGGAAGCUGUUGAACAAAUUACCAAAAACACUUCUUGGUGGGCAAGAGCCACUGGGUUAGAAUUUUUGCAAGUUCUAGUGUUUCACAACAUGAGUAUCUUACUCAGUAACUCCUCCUGGAUUGAUCAGGUGCGGAAAAUAGUUCUUAGGCUUCUAGAAGACGAACGACUUGAGGUCAGAGAAAAAGCUGGUCAAGUUCUCGGUGGAUUACUUCACUGUACAUUUAUUCCAGAUCAAGAGGCGCUACUGCGAGAACUUAAAAUAAAAGCCAAAACAAGGCUUAGGAAGAAGAAAAAACAACCGAUUGUUGCGGAAACUGUAACACAUGAUAAAAGCGCUGAAGCUGCAAUAAUACGCAUUCGCCAUGCAGGAGUUCUAGGACUCUGCGCAUUUAUCAACGCACACCCUUAUGAUGUACCAAUGUUUCUACCGCCUAUCUUUGAAGAACUUGGACCUCAUCUGAACGACCCGCAACCCAUUCCUGCAACAAUUCGGAAGACAUUAGGUGAUUUCAAACGAACACACUACGAUGGCUGGGCAGGUGAGACGGGUCACCAGCAGCGUUUCACUGAGAUGCAGCUAGCUGUGCUGCAAGACCUUGUUGUCCCACCGACAUACUUUGCCUAAGUCUUUAAAUUAUUUAUGAUUCUAGAUAUCAACUGACAAAGGAGAUCAACGAAGUAUUCGUUGUCUUCUAUUUUAUGAAGAAGAGUAUAAAAAAAUUAUGUCUGAAAAUCUUUAUAUUUUUUAUACAAUUCGAAACAAAAACGAAGAAAAGAUUCUCAAUCGAAAGAAUAGUGAUUCGAUGAAUGACAAACGCGCUUGAAAAUUAAAACAAAACUGCUGAACACGUGAUGAAUGAUAGCUAAUAUCAAUAUUAAUUAUAUUAUUCAGCUAUGGCAUUUUGAAUCAACUUCUAAAGGUGACAGCCAUCAAAUUUCCUGCACACUCCUGCAUUCUAGAAUAUCCGCCUUCGAGGACAUUGAAAUGAUGACCCUCUAGCUUGAAAAUUUUCUUAUUUUAAUAGGUGAACGGCGUCAAAUAGCAAAACUAUAUUUUUUGUACUUAUGGAUUUUCAAUUUAUAAGCGUAAAUUAUGGCUUACACAUUUGUAACAAUAAAAUAAUGAAUAAAUUUUUGUCUGCUAUAA